ACCUGACCCCAUAUUUUAUUAGCUGCGGACUAAUUAAAGUAUUUUUAUAUUGCCACAGUUGAUGGUUAUCGCUAAAACUAAAGAGAGCAUUACUGGCACUGCUAGCGUGCAGUCUGUAGGCAACGUUGCAUUGCCAAGGCAUAGUAGAGAGUUACUCAUUGUGUUCUGGGUAAAACCGAUAAAGCUUCAGAAGGGAAGGAUGGGCAGACAGAGGAAGAGGGUGGUGACUGGUGAAGCUGUUCCCCUUCCAAGGAAAGAUGAGAAGCCUUCUGUAUUUCACCGCAAGGAGAAGAAAAAGAAAACUGAUAUUGGCAGAGUCUUCAUCAACAUCUCCAUUGGCCUUUGCAUAUUCAGCCUGAUCUGGUUCUUUUAUGCCCUCUACAUGCGGUCCAGCCUGGCCAAACGGGUGGUGACCCUGCACCCUUCACCUCCUGUCCUGGAUGCCCAUAGCAGUAGUGCCAAGGUUUCCCCAGAGAGGUUCUGGGGUUCAUACAGGCCUCAGGUAUACUUUGGCAUGAAAACCAGGAGUCCCAAGUCAAUUGUGACAGGCAUGAUGUGGAUGCGUCAGUUUUCUGACGUGGACGUAAACUUGAGGCACACUUGUGAGCAGGGGGAUCAUUUGCAAAGUUAUGGCUGGCUGAUGCAUGAUGGCAUCAACUUUGGUGUCCAGGAAAUCCUGGACAGUGAUUUCGCUCUAAUCACAGAGUUUGUGAAGAGGAUAGGUGGAGACCAUGGAGGAGACUGGACCUGGAGGAUCACUGCCAAGCAGCAUAGCUCCGCCCCUCAAGCGCCAGUCAUCUCCCUGAUGUUUUACACAGCAGCAGACACACAGGGGUCCCUGCAGGCUCACGUGGAAGAGGGAAAACGCCUGGCAUCCAUCACUGGUUUCUCAGAGGAGCUUGGAAACUUUAAGAUCACCUUCAGAAAGCCUGUUACUGGGGGAUUAUCCACCACAAAAUAUGCCAGUUACAACUAUCUUCAGACAGUGUCUCCUGGUUUGGAUAAGCUGACUGACAUUGUGAAGCACAGUCUGAACCGCAGGUUUGUCUACAGCCUUCCCUCUGGUGAGAAGAGGCAUUACAUUGCUGUAGACACCUACAAGCCUCCCCACCACCAAAACCAUCAGAAACCCGCUGACACAAGGAAAGAGAGUGACUUUGUAGUUCAUCAAGUGACCAUCCAGACACCAUUCCAAAUCGAAGUUCUGUUUGAGUCUGGGAGCUUUCACGAUCGUCCUAACCAGCUUGUUGGCUCAAUCAUGACUCAGGAACUGGAGAAGAGGAAAGCUGAGUUUGACACAAGGUUUGAGAAGACGUUUGGACUUGAGAGCAAAGGUUUUAGCCAGGCCCAUAUUAAAUUUGCCAAGGCAGCACUCAGCAACAUGUUGGGUGGGAUGGGCUACUUCUAUGGCCAGUCGGUGGUGCAGUCAGUCUAUAACGAGUACCCACUCCUGUACCCUGACGGUGCUUUAUUCACUGCCGUACCAUCACGCUCUUUCUUCCCCAGAGGAUUCCUUUGGGAUGAGGGCUUUCACCAGCUGCUGCUGAGUAAGUGGGAUCCUCAGGUGACAAGGGAGGCUAUUUCCCACUGGAUAGACUUAAUGAACAUAGAGGGCUGGAUCCCCCGUGAGCAGAUCCUGGGAGAUGAGGCUCGCAGUAAGGUCCCAGCUGAGUUUGUGGUUCAGCGGAAUGAGAACGCCAACCCACCGACACUUUUUUUAGCUCUUCAGGAGCUCAAUGAACAGCUUUCUGCUGAUCCAGACAAAGCGGCAUAUCAAAUGACCUUGCCUUUCCUCCGACGGCUUUUCCCCAGACUGAAAACCUGGUUUGACUGGUACAAUACCACACAGAGUGGGCCCAUACCCAACUCUUACCGCUGGCGUGGACGGGACAAGGACACCAAUCUGUUCCUCAAUCCUAAAACCCUGACUUCUGGAUUGGAUGACUAUCCUCGAGCAUCACACCCCUCAGAACAUGAGCGGCAUGUGGAUUUACACUGCUGGAUGGCCUUGUCCUCAGGUAUCAUGGCUAGUGUAGCUCGGCUUCUAGGUGAGCCUCACCAGGACUAUGAACUCACUCACCAAGUCCUCAGCAACAACAGCCUGCUGAAUGAGCUCCACUGGUCAGAACAACUCCGUGCGUUUAGUGACUACGGUAACCACACCCAAUCUGUGUCCUUGCAGCAGGAGAAGGUGUACGUACCUCCUGGACAACCUCGUCAUCAGUUCCCUGUGGCUCGCCUUGUGCGCUCGGUCCGCAGGGCCCCCAAGCUGCAGUAUGUUAAUGCUUUUGGUUAUGUUAGCUUGUUCCCCUUCUUACUGCACAUCCUUCAGCCUGACACACCUAAACUAGAAUAUAUCCUCCGUGACAUGAGAGACUCCAGUAAGCUGUGGACACCCUACGGCCUGCGCUCACUCUCCAAGGCCGAUCCCCUGUAUAUGAAGCGAAACACAGAGCAUGAUGCCCCCUACUGGAGAGGCCCAGUAUGGAUUAACAUCAACUAUUUGGCAGUGAGAGCCCUUCACCACUACAGCAACAUAGAAGGGCCGUACAAAGAGAAGGCAGCUGCUCUUUAUGAGGAACUCAGGACUAACAUUAUCAAUAAUGUUUAUAAGCAAUAUGUUGAAACAGGGUAUAUCUGGGAACAGUACAAUGACAGCACUGGCAGGGGCCAAGGCAGCCACCCCUUCACUGGCUGGUCAGCACUGACAGUAUUAAUGAUGGCUGAACGGUACUGAUACUGUAGAUUUAGUCUUGUGUUUCCUGAGAUACUGGCCUUUGUUUUCUGGAUGUGACUGAAACAACAACACGAUCGGGUUUUAAGGCGUGGGAGUGUGUAUUGCCAGGUUUAUUUCCAGCUCAAAAUAAAUGUGGAAAUGUGAUCAGAUAUAACUAAUCUUCAAUUAACAUCACAGGUUUCAUACAGGUAUUCUUUGAAGGGCAAUUAAGUGCAGCUCCCCUGCCUUUGCUGCAUGCGGAGCCAAACACUGUCUAGUGCUUCAGUUGUACUUGAGAUGCCUUUUAAUCAAUGAAAUCAUAUUCCUGACAGCUUCACACACCCGCACCUUCACUGCUUCAUACUGCAGUCUUUAAUAUAGAAAAUGAAAAUGUUUUUCUUUAACAUGCUUGGAAUGGGUGGUCCCCCUCUCUGCAGGGUUCACACUUUCACGCUAGAUACGAGGACAGUUUUAAAUGAGCUGUUAUCAGGUUUGUCACAAAAUUAACAAGUUGCGCUUUCACUUGACAAAUAAGGACCAUGACCUUUAAAUUGUGCCAUUUUCUCUUUAAAUAUCAUAUGUACUUAAUUCUCUGUCUUAAUCAUUUUGAUAUUUGUUUUAUCUCAGUCUUUUAGAAAAAGUUCUAUAAAGUCUUUCUCAACAUUUAUAAAAUUACUGCUUCUAAAAGCAGCUGUAUUUUGUACACAACCCGUGGUUUGACUGGCAGGGAAUACAACUUUGACUGUGACAUCAGGCUUGUUUUGUUAAAAACAAUAAACGGCUUACUUUUUUUUUUGUGCGUGUGUAUUU